AUGAGUCGCAUUGACAUGCUCAGCCUUCCCGACAGUGGAGUGACCCAGCUCUUGGCCAUUUAUUCCACGGCCGAACAGUCUGGUUUCUGGCCAAUUCAACUUCGGCACGGGGUGGUUCACAGUCUGCAGAAGACUGAGCAGGCGUGUUCGGUCAAUGACUACCGCCCCAUCACCAUCUAUCCUUUUCCAUACCGGGUUUGGUCCUCCCUCCAAUCGAAACACGCCCUUAGCUUCGUUAGCAGGCAUGCUCCGCCCGGUCUCCAGGGCAACCGCCUGGGUGCUUCUACGAUCGCCAUUUGGUGGAAAAAUCCAGCGAUGAUUGAGUCCCUGAUGUUCGAUGGGGCCCCGGCUCAAGGGUACGUAUUAGACCUGACCAAGGCUUUCAACACCUUGCCCAGGGAGCCGGUGUUUCGAGCUGCGGUGUUUCUUGGCCUGGAUGGAGGCCUCAUUCGAGCCUGGAUGGGUUUCCUUGUCACCAAUACUCGGCACUUCUGCAUUCGCCAAGCCCUGAGUGAGGGAUUGCAGGGGUCAAGGGGCUUCCCCGAGGGAUGUGGAAUGAGUGUUGUAGCCAUGGCAAUAAUAGAUUGGAUUGUUGAUAGAUGGUUUCAUCUUUUGUGGCCACAAGUGACCUUCUCCUCCUAUGUUGACAAUUGGGAGCUUGAAUCCAGUUCGGUUGACGACCUUGCACGAAGCCUACCUACUCUCGCAACCAUUUGUAGUUUGUUGGACCUGGAGUUGGACCAGGACAAAACCUUUGGGUGGGCACUGCUGCCUGAGCAUCGAGCAGCGAUCAGAGGAACGGGGUGCCCAACGCACUUGGAUGGCCGCAAUCUAGGCGGUCACAUGCAGUACUCUCAUCGUAGGACGAACUACACGGUGACUGCCAAAUGUCGCCAGCUCGACACCUUGUGGGGCAGACUCGCCCGCAGCCCUGCUACUGCCCCUCAGAAGCUGAGAGCUGCCAGAUGCUGCGCGUGGCCCAGGGCUCUCCAUGGUGUGGCCACGGUGUCACUCGGCGCGCAGCACUUUCAGAAAAUGUGCGCAGGUUUGUUCCAGGCCCUUCGCUUCCGUAACAAGGGGGCGCAGCCCCAGUUGCAAUAUUUGAUGGAGAAACCCACUACUGACCCGGAAUAUUUUGCUCUCGAGCAGACUGCCUUGGCAUUUUGCAAGUUUAGUGAUCCUGACCAGCAGACAGCAGUACUUGAAGUUCUCCAGGACCACCAGCCUUUGAAGCACAUCCCCGGGCCCUGCGGAGUGCUCUUGGAUCGACUGAAUGUCAUCGGAUGGGUCUGGCGCGACAAGAAGUUGACCUUCUUCGCGAAGGCACUGAAGCCGCGCAUGCUCACUUCGAGUAAGACGCCCUGCAAGUGUUUGCCCAGCGUCUUCCACCUCACCAGCCCAGUGCUGUGCGACCUACUACCUGCAGCCUGCCCCAAGACGAAGAUUCCCAGCUUCUUCAAGAUGCGGGGCACCAAGGAGGGGAACUCUGUGCCGCAAUUGGAGCGUCACAUCAUGCAGGAGCUUCUCACAGAUGGGCCUUUGUAUGUGUCCCUGCUGCUCUAUGAGGAUUUCUUCGAUGCCUCGUCGUGGUCGGAGAGUGGGAUCUACCUCCACGAGCAGGGCGAGGCCUUUGGAAGGCACGGGGCUGCCUUGGUCGGCUGGGGCAGUGACUCGAACAGUCGAGACUACUGGCUUUUGCUGAACUCCUUCGGAAUGCAGUGGCAGCAGGGUGGCUACUUCAAGGUGCUGCGGGGUGACACCGACUUGGAGAUGUUGCACUACGGUGCUUGGGGCGCCGACUUCCAGCUUUCCGCUGCCGAGCGGAAACGUUUCCCUGCCAUCUUCGCCGUGGAGGUCUCCUUCUCUCCGGUGCCCGAGCGCCACGGCCUGGCCAGCGAGCCGCUCACCGAGCUCGAGCACGUGGGGCGCUGGGGGGGGGCGCUGGGGCGGGUGUUGGGGUUGGGGUCGGUGGGGUGGCACCACCUGGGAGAGCUGUCAGCUGGUUGGAAGGGAAGUGCCAAAGGACCAGACUGGUGUUUAAUGUGUUUUUACAUGUUUUUACUAUAA